AUGGCGGCGGCCGCAGCUCCUCACGGCGCGGGGGGCGCGGGGGGUCUGAGGGGCAACGACGAGACCGACGAGCACCGACCCCCCCCCGACGGGGACACGGAGCCCCCAGACCCCAAAAAAGAGGGGCCGUUCCCGCGGGCGGGGCCGCGCAAGGAGCCCCCCCAGUACCGGCACCACCCCCCCCCUCGGCAGCGGCGCCGCCCCCCCAAAGGGAUGCGCCUGAGCCGCCAGGACGUGGCCGAGGUGACGGCCAACCCCGACCUGGGGGCCCGGGCCCUGCGCCAGCUCGACGGGCAGCUCGUGGCACUGAAACGGCAG